AUGUUCAGUCGUCUGGCUCUCUCUGUGAUCCUGGUGACAGUCGCUGCCUUCUUCUGCGCGCAGUCAGUAGAGGCCGCGAAGGGCCCGAAGAUCACGAACAAAAUCUACUUUGAUAUAAAGCAUGGCGACAAGGACUUGGGACGAAUUGUGCUAGGUCUAUAUGGUGGCACUGUCCCCAAGACAGCGGAGAACUUCCGCGCCCUGGCUACUGGUGUUAAGAAGGACGGCACGGAGCUCGAACCUGGCUUUGGCUACAAGGGCUCAAAAUUCCACCGCGUCAUCAAGAACUUUAUGAUCCAGGGUGGUGACUUCACCAAGGGUGACGGCACCGGUGGCAAAUCUAUCUACGGUGCCAAAUUUGCCGACGAGAACUUUAAACUUCGCCAUACUCGCCCAGGUCUUCUGUCGAUGGCGAAUGCAGGGAAAGAUACCAAUGGUAGGUUCAAUUUCAUCACCACGGUAGUUACGAGUUGGUUGGACGGCAAACAUGUGGUUUUCGGUGAGGUACUUGAGGGGAUGGAUAUCGUGCAUACGAUCGAGGAUAUACCCAAAGGCAAGAACGACCGUCCUUUGGAAGAUGUCGUAAUUGUCGAUUGUGGCGAGCUGCCGGUUGAACCCAAAGUAGAGUCCGAGGGCAACGAGGUGCCUCUUCGUGCUGAGCUCUGA